AUGAGCGUCGACACACAAGAGCCCGUCGGCGCUGCCGCGGGCCGCGAGGAAGCACGAUGGAAAUAUCUCAACCAGAUUCGCAGAAACGCCGGCCCGUUCACCGAUCCGGAAGCUACCUCGGAGGAGUUUCUGGCGCAGUUUGAAAAGUUCAAAGUCUUGGUAAUCGGUGCGGGAGGGCUGGGCUGCGAGAUACUCAAGAAUCUGGCCAUGUCGUACUUCAAGGACAUUCACGUCAUUGACAUGGACACCAUUGAUAUUUCCAAUCUGAACCGGCAGUUCCUGUUCCGGAGCACAGACGUCGGCAAGUACAAGGCCGAGGUCGCCGCCAAGUUCGUCGAGAAGCGCGUCCGGGGCGUGUCCAUCACGCCGCACAACAACCGGAUACAGGACUUUGACGAGUCCUUCUACAAGCAGUUCCAGCUCGUCAUCUGCGGGCUCGACAGCAUCGAGGCGCGCCGCUGGAUCAACGCCAUGCUCGUGUCCAUUGCCGAGGAGGCCGAGGACCCGGACGGCAUCAAGCCCCUCAUCGACGGCGGCACCGAGGGCUUCAAGGGCCAGGCCCGCGUCGUCUUCCCGUCCAUGACCUCGUGCAUCGAGUGCCAGCUCGACAUGCACGCCCCGCGCGCGGCUGUCCCGCUGUGCACCAUCGCUUCCAUACCCAGGCAGCCCGAGCACUGCAUUGAGUGGGCACACGUCAUCGCGUGGGACCAGGAGAAGCCCUUCCCGACGCUCGACAAGGACGACCCCGAGCACGUCACAUGGCUCUACCAAAAGGCCCUCGCCCGCGCCAAGGAGUUUGACAUUCCCGGCGUCACAUACUCGCUCACACAGGGCACCAUCAAGAACAUCAUCCCGGCCAUUGCUUCUACGAACGCCAUCAUUGCCGCCGCCUGCUGCAACGAGGCGUUCAAGAUCGCCACAACAUCAGCCCCGUGCCUGGGCUUCGAGAACAAUUACAUGAUGUACUCGGGAAAUGACAGCAUUUACACUUAUACGUUCAAGCACGAGAAGAAGGAUGACUGCCCUGUGUGCGGCCGUCAGGCACGGCCACUCGACGUGGACCCCGGCUCGACGCUCCAGGACCUGCUCGACUCGCUGGCGCUCCGCCCCGAGGCGCAGCUGAAGAAGCCCUCGAUCCGCGCCGAGAGCAAGACGCUAUACAUGCGUUUCCCGCCCAGCCUGGAAGAGCAGACGAGGGCGAAUCUCGACAAGACCAUUACGGAGCUCGGGUUGGAGGAUGGCCAGCAGGUUGUCGUCACCGACCCGGCGUUCCCGCUGGAGUUUAACUUUUUCCUCAACUUCAAAAUGGACGCGCAGGCUUAG